AUGGUUCGUUAUAAUUAUAAUAGUAAUAAUAGAAUGAAUACUCAGGUUCAACCAGAUAACUCAUCGUCAAACCAGUAUGAAGUUCCAUUGUGCAGGGAUCAAAAAACUCCGGUAUUCAUAAAUGUAUAUGACAUGCUACCAAAAGGAAGGAUUGCAGAUAUUGGGUAUAUGUUUGGAAUCGGGGUGUUUCACUCGGGAGUUGAAGUAUAUGAUAAAGAAUAUAAUUUUGGUGGACAUGAUUUUGAUUCUACUGGUGUGUUUAUUAUGAAACCCAAGACUGGUCCGCCUAAUGUGACAUUCAAAGAUUCAGUAUUUAUGGGAUAUACGUCAUUGAGUAAAGAAGAAGUAAAGAACGCUAUCGAAGAAUUAUCUAGAGAGUGGAGUGGAAAUAGUUAUAAUUUGUUGGCAAGGAAUUGUAAUCAUUUUACUAGUGAGUUAUGUUAUAAAUUGGUUGGAAAACCUGCACCAAAUUGGAUAAAUCGUGCCGCGAAAUUAGGAACCCUCUUUCCAUGCGUUGUUCCUAAUGAUUGGAUCGAAGCACCAGAAGGGGGUGAAGCAAAUGGGUUGAUUGUCGCAACUAACGUCGUCAUAACUGAAGAAUCUUUGCAAGAUUCUUCUUGA